ACCCCUUCCUCCUUCUUUCUCACACCUAAAAUAUCUUCUUCAUCUUUCUUUUUUUAUUCUAGUGAGAGAAAGUAAGAAAGAAAACCAGUCUACUCAAAAAUGGAGGACCAAGGAGGAGAGAGGCUCAAGGGUACUGUCAAGUGGUUCAAUGACACCAAGGGGUUCGGCUUCAUCACCCCUUCUGAAGGCGGCGAAGAUCUCUUCGUUCACCAGUCAUCAAUCCGAUCUGAGGGGUUCCGUUCCCUCGGUGACGGUGAAGAGGUUGAGUUCAUCAUCUCAACUGGUGACGACGGUCGUACUAAGGCUGUUGAUGUCACUGGUCCUAAUGAAGGCCCCAUCCAAGGCUCCACUCGUCGCGGCGGAGGCGGCGGUGGUGGCGGUGGAGGGUAUGGCGGUGGUGGUGAAGGAAGGAGAUCUGGCGGUGGUGGAUAUGGAGGUGGUGGGUACGGCGGAGGAGGCGGUGGGUAUGGCGGUGGUGGGUAUGGAGGAGGAGGCGGUGGGUAUGGCGGAGGAGGCGGUGGUGGAAACUGCUACAGCUGUGGUGAGGCAGGACACAUGGCGAGGGAAUGUCCUAGUGGUGGCGGCGGAGGUGGAGGAAGGUACGGCGGAGGCGGCGGUGGCCGAGGAGGAGGUGGUGGUGGUGGGAACUGCUACUCUUGUGGAGGUGAUGGACACUUUGCUAGGGACUGUACUGCUGCUCCUUGAUGAAUGAUGAUGAAUUUAAAUGUUUUAAGGUUAUUAUUAUUAUUGUUAUGGUUGUUAAUUAAGUAUGUUGGUUUUUGUUAUAGGGUUUAAUGAAAAAUGUCUGUGGGUUGAGUUGGGGUUUGGGAGAAAAUAUUUUGUGGGGGUUUAAGAUGUAUUUUCUCUCUAAUUUUUAUUAUUACAACUAGUUUGUCGGCUAUGGUGAAUUAGGGUAUGAUAAGAAGGGUAGUAGGAGUCUUUUUAAAUUUUAUCUACUUUUGAAGAAAAAAAAAAUCAAGAAUGGAGAUGUGUUUUAACAGGAUAUUUUAGAUGAGAUUGUGCUUUGUCAUCCUUUUGAUCUCUGUUGAAAAAUGUCAAUAUUAAUGAAAUAUACUUCCUUCCCUUUUU